AUUUUUUUUUAUUAAAGUUUUUUUGCAUUAAUAUAUGUUUUUUAUAUCCAAAUAUUAAAUUUAGUUUUAUUUGCUUUUUAUUUUUGCAUUUUGGACAUGAAUUCAACACAGAAAAAAUGUACGCUCCUGCAGUAAGUUGACACCACAAUUGUAAAAACAGUUAUUGUGUAAAAUUUUGGAAAACUUUGAAUUAUUUUUUUUUUACAUUUCUUAACAUUCUCUCCAAAAAGUGUGUGAUGUCAAUACAUAUUGCGGCAGAAGCCCUACCUCCCCAACCCACGCCAGCACUCCCACCCCAACCGCCAGCCCCACAACCACAGCCGGCUCCUCAUCAACCAAGGCAACGGAGGCGUGCUAGGCCACCAAUUUUCAGAACCCGUGUCAGACUUUUUGGGAUGCCAGAUGAUGUGGUGGUGCGUAGAUACCGGCUGCCACCACAUCUAAUCCUAGACACUCUCUCCAUAAUAGAGAGUGAUCUGGAGUCUGAAAUUCGGUAUCCUACAGCAAUACCACCAUUGACACAAUUCCUUGCAGUGUUACAUUUUUUGGCCACAGGAUCAUUCCAGCAUGUGGUUGGAGACCUGGUUGGCAUGUCGCAGGGCCAGUUCAGUAAGGUCCUGCGACGUGUCUGCCAGGCUUUCCUCAAGCGUGUUAAGCAAUUUAUUGCUAUGCCUUUGGAUGUUGGUGCCCUAGAUGUGGUGAAGCGGCAAUUUGCGGAAGGUGGUAGUCGCUUCCCACAUGUUAUUGGGGUUGUGGAUGGCACACAUGUAGCUAUUCAGCCACCAAAACAUAAUGAAGAAAUUUUUAGAAACAGGAAACUGUUUCAUUCUCUGAAUGUAAUGGUUGUUUGUGGGCCAUCCCUCCAGAUCCUUUCCCUGAACGCAAAGUUUACUGGAAGUUCCCAUGAUGCGUAUGUCAUUAGACAAUCAGGGAUAUGGCAGAGAUUAAGAUCAAGUCAACGACCAGACAUGUGGUUAUUGGGAGACCGUGGAUAUCCUUGCACCCCCUGGCUCAUGACUCCUUACCGUAAUCCCAGGCCAGGACCACAGAUGGCAUUUAACUCCGCGCUUACUGCCACUAGGCAGCUGGUGGAGCGCACAAUUGGUGUCCUGAAAGGGCGGUUUCGUGUUCUCCACCGCACUGGUGGCGACAUCAUGUAUUCGCCGGAGAUGGCAAGUAAAAUAGUGGUCCUGUGCGCAAUACUCCAUAAUAUCGCGGUAAGGAGUAGUGUAGAGCUUCCUCAGGCAGAGGAAUUGCCUGAUGAGGAGCCAGGGGUUGUGCCACGCUUCGGUGGGGGGAGUGUGACACGGAGGGGGAGCCAAGUGAGGGCAAGAAUUGUAGCAGAAUAUUUCAGCUGAAUUAUCACACGAACUGUGGACAACAACAACGGCAAAACUCCCCACCCCCUUCCCCUUCUCACUCCCCCUCCCCUUCUCACACCCCCUCCCCUUCUCACUCCCCCUCCCCUUCUCACUCCCCCUCCCCUUCUCACUCCCCCUCAGCUUCCCAGUCCCCCUCAGCUUCCCAGUCCCCCUCAUCUUCCCAGGCCCCAUCAGCUUCCCUGGCCCACUCCACUUUACAUUCCCCUUCUCACCACACCUCUCCAUCUCUUUCUGGGACCCCUUCUCCUCCUUCCCAUACCCCUUCUCCUUCAAAAUCAACAUCACAAUCUGAACCACCCUCACCCUCUAUUGCUUUAACUUUUUCUCCGCCCCCCUCGCCCUCUCAAUCAGACCCCCCCUCUGAAAUUGCGGACCAAAUCCAGCCUCCUUCCCCCAUCCAGCCUCCUUCCACAAUCCCUCCUCCUUCCCCAAUCCCUCCUCCUUCCCCAAUCCCUCCUCCUUCCCCCAUCCAGCCGCCUUCCCCCAUCCAGCCAACAUCCCCACCAAGUGAAUGGGCAGAGGAAGCCCCUGCCGAACGUUCCGGGAGUCUGGAUGUUGCCGUGGAAAAUGUUGCAGUUGGAGAUCCCACAAGUUUUUCAGGGAUACUUUACACCAUGCGCCAACACCUGCAAGGAAUGAUGGAUUGUGUGGACCA